CUUGAUUUGGUGGACAUUGACAACGUCCUUGCAACGUCCUCAGUGCAUACUGGCAACCAUAUUGCUGGUCAAAUAUUCACCAUGAAGCUUGUAAGCAUUGCAAGGUCGGGCGCUAACCCCAAGUUAUUUUCAUCAGAUUUUUGAUGAAACUCAAUAAUGAAACGGUAACUAUCGAGCUCAAGAAUGGCUCACUAGUCCAUGGAACAAUCACCGGUGUCGACAUGCAGAUGAAUACCUACCUCAAAACUGUCAAGAUGACAGCCCGUAAUCGUGACCCAGCAUCCCUCGACUCUCUAUCUAUUCGUGGCAACAACAUCCGGUAUUUCGUACUCCCCGAUGCACUUCCUCUCGAUACCCUCUUGGUGGAUGACGCACCGAAACCGAAAGGCAGGAAGAAGGACGAUGCUCGCGAAAGGGGAAGGGGGCGAGGGAUGGACCGUGGACGUGGUAGGGCAAGGGGUAGAGGACGAGGAAGGGGCUUCUGAUGGUAUGGUUCACAAAAUAUCACGAUCUUUGCACUGUCGGCCGUUUUUGCUUUCUGGUAACACCAGAAAUAUUGCGCUGAGUUUGGCUCGGUGUUAAAUUGGAGAGACCAAGAGCGCGCGUGGGGUGUUCCACUCAGCUGGAUAUAAGGGAGGCAAAUCCCUCUAUAUAAAUCCGAAUACCCAAACACCUCGUCCUUCUGAAUA